AUGGCUGCCAACAACGCUGCAUACCUCGUCGCGACCAAGCAGCCACUCGAGGUCAAACCAGCUCCAGUUCCUGUCCCGAAAGAGGACGAGGUGUUGAUCAAGACCAAGGCAAUUGCAUUCAACCCUGUUGACGUUGGGCUGCAGAAAUUGGGACCUGAUGUGUUCAAGUGGCUGACCCUCCCGACCAUCUUGGGCUUCGACGUCGCAGGCGAGGUAGAGGCAGUCGGACCAGGUGUGACCAGGUUUAAGAUCGGCGACCGGGUGGCUGGCCUUGCCGACGGUGGAUGCCAGGAACAUGUCCCGCUCUCUGAGCAUCUGACGGCGCUGGUGCCAGACUCGGUCUCUUGGGAAGAGGCCGCCACGCUCCCUAUGGGUGUCUCUGUGAGCACAAAAAUGUUGUUCCACAAGGACAUGCUGGGAAUGAGCCUCCCGUCACCGAAAGCCGACCCGAGGGGGGAGACUGUUCUGAUUUGGGGCGGCUCCACAAGCAUAGGCAGCUGCGCGAUACAACUCGCUGUAGCUGCUGGAUACGAAGUGAUCACCACGGCAUCUUCGCACAAUUUUGACUACAUAAAGAAGCUUGGCGCAAACCAGGCUUUUGAUUACAACAGCCCAACCGUCAAAGAAGAUUUGAUUGCGGCUUUCAAGGGCAAGACCAUCGCAGGUGCCGUUGCGAAUGGCAGCCAUGCAGCGGAGAAAGGGCCGGAAAUCGUCGAGAUUUGCGCCGAGGUCGUCAAAAGUUGUCCCGGAAAGAAGUUUGUAGCCAUGACAAUGGUUCCAUCCUGGGGUCCCUCUUACGAGGGCGUUCAGCUCAAGUUUUCGGAGGCUCUGAGAGGGGAUAAGGAGCUGGCCUCCACUAUCUUCCACGGCUACUUGCCCGCAGCCAUUGAAGCUGGCUUGUUCAAGCCUAUGCCACCUGUCGAGGUGGUGGGGAACGGCCUUGACGCUUGCCAGAAGGGGAUUGAUACUCUUACGAAGGGAGUUUCGGCAAAGAAGAUCAUAGUGACGAUGUGA